AUGGCUGCAGAGAUGACCAUCGGACUGGCCAAAGCGGGGGUGGUGAAACUCUCCGAAAUGAUCGGCGAGAGGACCAAGCAGAUAAGCAAAGCGAUACAAGAACCGCGGAGGCAGCGAAGAGUCAUGCUGGUGAUCGUGUGCACUGCCCUGCUGUUGGACAACAUGCUGUACAUGGUCAUUGUCCCGAUUAUACCGAACUACCUGGAAACUCUGCGAACUUACAAGCUGGUCUAUGUCAGUUCAGCUGCCAAUGGAACCAAUGGCUCAUCUCUGAACUCCAGCCAGAGAGUUGUGCGCUACACCAAUCCCAAUGCAAACGAAGACAUCCAAAUCGGGGUGCUCUUCGCCUCCAAAGCCAUCCUGCAGCUCCUGGCCAACCCCUUGACUGGCACUUUCAUUGACCGUGUGGGCUGCGACAUCCCUCUGUUCAUAGGGCUGAUCAUCAUCUUCCUGUCCACCCUCACCUUUGCCUUCGGCGAAAGCUACGCCAUGCUGUUCGUGGCCAGGAGCAUGCAGGGCUUGGGAUCGGCCUUCGCGGACACCUCGGGCAUCGCGAUGAUCGCCGACAGGUACACGGAGGAGUCCGAGAGAAGCACCGCCCUGGGCAUCGCCCUGGCGUUCAUCUCCUUCGGCAGCUUGGCGGCGCCCCCUUUCGGAGGGGUCCUGUACGACUUCGCGGGCAAGCGGGUGCCCUUCCUGGUGCUGUCGUUCGUCUCGCUGCUGGACGGGAUCCUGCUGCUGACCGUGGUGUCCCCCCUGGGCGGCAGGACCCGCGAGAACAUGCCGCAGGGCAGCCCCAUCUACAAGCUCAUGAUCGACCCAUACAUCGCGGUGGUGGCCGGCGCUCUGACCACCUGCAACAUCCCCCUGGCGUUCCUGGAACCCACCAUCUCCAACUGGAUGAAGCAGACCAUGAACGCGAGUGAGUGGCAAAUUGGGCUAACGUGGCUGCCCGCGUUUUUCCCGCACAUCCUGGGGGUAUAUGUGACGGUCAGACUGGCUGCCAAGUAUCCCAACUACCAGUGGUUCUACGGAGCCAUUGGCUUGGUUAUAAUCGGUGCUAGCUCCUGUACAGUCCCAGCUUGCAGGAACUUUGAAGAACUCAUUAUCCCGCUGUGUUCCCUGUGUUUUGGGAUAGCGCUGGUGGACACUGCCCUGUUGCCGACCCUUGCCUUCUUGGUCGAUGUUCGCCAUGUGUCGGUGUAUGGCAGUGUCUAUGCCAUCGCUGACAUCUCCUACUCGGUGGCUUAUGCCCUGGGACCUAUUGUGGCCGGCCAGAUUGUUCACACUCUGGGCUUUGUGCAGCUCAACCUGGGCAUGGGCUGUGUCAACGUCUUGUACGCCCCCGCCCUGUUGCUGCUCAGAAACGUGUGCCAAAUGAAACCCUCGCUCUCCGAGAGGAAUAUCCUCCUGGAGGAGGGACCCAAAGGGCUCUACGACACCAUCAAAAUGGAAGAACGUAGCACCGGGAAGAAAAGGUACGGCAGUUCGGCCGGGAACUACUCCACUGCCGGGGGCCUAGAUAACACCGGGUUCGAGAUCUCCAGGAGGAACCAGGUUCUGUCUGAAGAUGACUCAUCGGGCAGUGAUUACAGCUAACUCCGGCACUCUUCCACAGUCACAUCUUCCAAGGACAAUAACACUAACGAGAUGUAACAUCCCAUUGCCCGUCUGUGAUGUACUUGGUGUCUAAUAUAAGCAUUACCCAUUGCUCGUGAAUUAAUUUUGUAUAGUUUAUGUAAUCGCUUUUUCCACUUGUUUUAAGCGGAUGGAGAAUGGGAUAAAGUUGGAGAGAUUAUAAGCUGCAUUCUGUCAGAACCCAACAUCCAUUUAUCACCAUCCUACUUAACUGAUGUCCAGUGCCCCAUUGCUGUAUUGUAUCGCUGUGUGCCAGUUUUAGUUUGUAAAUUUUCGUGAGGAGUAAAUCGUUGUAUGUAUUUAAACAAAAUUCAUGGAUACAUUCAGGGAUCUGACAGGAAGUGAAUAAUUGUAUAUAUUGUAUGUUCCUUGAAUUGUUCUCCCCAACCCUUUGAAUCGAAGCAGAGGCGAUUGUGUAAUUUUCUGGGAGAAUUAAUCUCUGUAUGGGACUAUUCCG